AUGGCGCCCGAAUUGAGGAAGAGAACCAGAUCGGUCACUGCGGCCGAGAAAUCGCCCGCGGCGAAGAAGGUUGACAAGGCCGAGCCUGCAGCCAAGAAGACCAAGGUGGAAAAGACGAAGACUGAGAAGCCUGCGAAGACUGCGAAGGCUGAGAAGGUCGAGAAGGUCGAGAAGAAGGUCGAAAAGACCCCCAAGCGCAAAGCACCCGAAGAGACCUCUCCCGUUGCGACGAAGAAGCAGAAGCCUGCCAAGGCAGCCGCGAAAUCCAAGAAGGCUGCGACCAAGUCCGAACCCGUCGAGGAGGCCGAAUCCGAGACCUCUGAGGUUGUUGAGGACGCCGAGACCUCCGUCAUUGCCUUGGAGGAUGGCGCCGAUUCCGACGACGAGAUCGACGCCGACAUCCAGGCGCUUGCCGCUGGCCUCGACCCUGAGGAUGCGCCGGCGAGUGACGGCACUGUCUUCAAGGAGGGCCAAGACGUUGGCAAGAUCCCCAAGUUCAAGAAGCAGAAGAAGCUGACGGAGGGAUCGAGCGAGGAGCCCGGCGUGGUUUUCAUCUCGAGACUGCCCCACGGUUUCUACGAGCACGAGCUGAAGGGUUACUUCUCGCAGUUUGGAAAAAUCAACAGGCUGAGGCUCGCCCGCAACAAGAAGACCGGUGCGAGCAAGCACUGGGCCUUCAUCGAGUUUGCCGAGCAGAGCACCGCGGAAAUCGUCGCCAAGACUAUGGACAGUUACCUCCUCUUCGGCCACAUCCUCAAGGUCAAGACCGUCCCCAAGGACUCGCUGCACGAGAACCUUUGGAAGGGCGCCAACAAGCGAUUCAAGAAGAUCCCCUGGCACAAGAUCGCCGCGAACGAGGUCGCGAAGAAGAGAACGGAGGAGCACUGGUCCCUGAAGAAGACAAAGGAAGAGAAGAAGCGCGAGGAGCGUGCUCAGAAGAUGAAGGAGAUGGGUUACGAAUUCGACGCCCCUAAGCUGAAGGAAGCCGUCGCGCCGCCGCCUGAGCCCAUGGCCAUCGCCGCUCCCGAGGACCCGAAGGCCAUCGAAGCUGCCCCGGUCGAGGAGAAGCCUACCGAGGAGGAGGCUGCUCCUGCGGUCGAGGAGAAGGAGGAGAGCGCGGAGACACCCAAGGCGACGCCCAAGAGCAAGGCGAAGAAGGGCGGCAGGAGAAAGUCCAAGAACUGA